AUGCCCGGCCCGCCGCGCCCCCGGGCCCGGGUCCCGCCGCUGCCGCUGCUGCUGCUCGUGCUGGCGGCCCGCGGGGGCUGCGCCGCGCCAGCACCCCGCGCGGAGGAUCUCAGCCUGGGGGUGGAGUGGCUGAGCAGGUUCGGCUACCUGCCCCCAGCGGCGGCGGCCGCGGCUGCGGGGCGGCUGCAGACGCAGGAGGAGCUGUCCGAGGCCAUCGGAGCCAUGCAGCGCUUUGCUGGGCUGGAGGCCACCGGCGUCCUGGACGAGGCCACCCUGGCCCUGAUGAGGACCCCACGUUGCUCCCUGCCCGACCUCCCGGCUGCCGCCCCUGCCCGAAGGAGGCGCCAGGCCCCAGCCCCCACCAGGUGGAACAAGAGGAACCUGUCGUGGAGGGUCCGCAGGUUCCCGCGGGACUCGCCCCUGGGCCGCGACACGGUGCGGGCGCUCAUGCACUACGCCCUCAAGGUCUGGAGCGACAUCACGCCCCUGAACUUCCACGAGGUGGCCGGCAGCCCCGCCGACAUCCACAUCGACUUCUCCAGGGCCGAGCACGACGACCCCUACCCCUUCGACGGCCCCGGCGGCACCGUGGCCCAUGCCUUCUUCCCGGGCGACCGCCGUGCCGCGGGGGACACCCACUUUGACGACGACGAGGCCUGGACCUUCCGGUCUGCGGAUGACCACGGCAUGGACCUGUUCGCGGUGGCCGUGCACGAGUUUGGCCACGCCAUCGGGCUGAGCCACGUGGCGGCCGAGCGCUCCAUCAUGCAGCCCUACUACCAGGGCCCCGUGGGCGACCCCCUGCACUACGGGCUCCCCUACGCCGACCGGGUGCGCGCCUGGCAGCUGUACGGUGUGCGGGAGUCCGUGUCCCCCACGGCGCCGCCAGCCACCACGGAGCCCGAGGAGCCCGCCCUCCUGCCGGAGCCCCCCGACAACCGGUCUGGCACCCCGCCCCGGAAGGACGUGCCCCACAGGUGCACCACUCACUUCGACGCGGUGGCCCAGAUCCGUGGCGAGGCCUUCUUCUUCAAAGGCAAGUACUUCUGGCGGCUGACCCGGGACCGGCACCUGGUGUCGCUGCAGCCGGCGCAGAUGCAGCGGUUCUGGCGGGGCCUGCCGCUGCACCUGGACGGCGUGGACGCCGUGUACGAGCGCGCCAUCGACCACAAGAUCGUCUUCUUCAAAGGAGACAGAUACUGGGUGUUUAAGGACACUAACGUAGAGGAAGGAUUCCCGCGACCCGUCUCCGACUUCGGCCUCCCGCCCGGCGGCGUCGACGCUGCCCUCUCCUGGGCCCACAGUGACAAGACUUAUUUCUUUAAGGACCAGCUGUACUGGCGCUACGAUGAGCAGGCCCGGCGCAUGGACCCCGGGCACCCGGCCCGCAGCCCCCCAUGGAGGGGCGUGCCCAGCACGCUGGACGACGCCAUGCGCUGGUCCGACGGGGCCGCCUACUUCUUCCGCGGCAGGGAGUACUGGAAGGUGCUGGACGGCGAGCCGGCCGUGGCGCCCGGCUACCCCCAGUCCACGGCCCGGGACUGGCUGGUCUGCAGAGACUCUCAGGCGGACCCCGAGGGCGCGGGCGCGGAGGCCGGGGGCCCCGCCCCACCCGGACAGCACGACCGGAGCCACUCGGAGGACGGCUACCAGGUGUGCGCCUGCAGCUCCGGGGCCUCGCGUCCGCCCCGGGCCUGGCGCCCCCUGCUGGCCGCCACGCUGCUGCCGCCGCUGAGCACCCUGUGGAGAGCGGCCUGGGCCCCGGCGCUCUGACAGCAGCUGCGGGCCUGCGAGAGGACAGGCGGUCACAGCCCCGGGUCACCCAGGGCAAGGAGGAGUGCCCCCCGCAGCAGCACCCAAAGCAAGAACUCCCGGAGAGCGGGUGUGUGGCCUUGGGGACCCAGCCUUGCAGCCCCUGAACACAGCCACAACUUCAGCCUCCCGGAUGGAGGGGCAGCUUGGGCGCUGCCCCUGGGCCGGGCACCCUGACUCGUGGACACAGGAGCACCCUUCCACCCCCGCCCCCCUGCUUUUCUGCCUCCGCCUGUCCGGUGGGGACCGGGAGACACUGCCCUUGCAGCCGGCGGACACUGGUCACAGAGACCCUCACUGAUGGGCCCGGGGCCACCGCCCGCGUGCGGCCACCCUGCCCCUGGCCCCUGGUGCUCCCACCCACCGAGGGCGUCUCUGCCCCCAGUCCCCGUGGGCUCGCCGUCGCCUUGCCCAGGGCAGCCCCCAACACUCAGAGGAGCCCCGAGCUGGGGCCGCCGCCGCCGUUCUCCCAGGUGACAGCUGCAGACAAACACGACCUCCCUACUUUCUCGCUGCUCGGUGCGGCCCCUUGCACCCCCAGGUGGGGCCUGCAGGUGGCCGUCCUCCAGGCCUGGAUCCCGGACCCGCCUGCACUCGGGUGGUGGCACUUCCUCCCCUCGGGUUCAGUGGCCCUGGCCUGUCCAGCAUCUCCGUGACGAGUCUGUGACCCGGGGUCCUUAUGCCCAUUUCACAGAUGGAGGAGUGGAGGCCAGCUCCGGGAACUCGCCUCCUGCCUGCAGACAGGCCCAGAGCCCACAGAGCUCGCUGGCAGAGCCCCUGCCCGGGUGCACAGGACGUGCAGAAUGAGACAUGUCCCGUCCUGGGGAAGUGCCUGGGGCGUGGCAGCCAAGGCAGCGAGUGCCCUCAGGACCCCGGGGAAGCUGCUAUGCCCUUGGCUGCUGCUGCUGCCCCGGCUCCGAGUCAGGCCGGCAGCCCCCUCCCGCCAGAGGGGCCGAAGGAGCCCAGCUGGCAGGGAGCCGGUCAGCGCUGGCUUCGCAGGGUGGGCGCCGGGCCGGAAACGGCCUCUCAGUGCCCACAGCGGUCAUGGGGCUCGGUCAGGACGAGCAGCCGGCUCUAAGGUGGGCUCAGAGGGAACCUCUGGGGGCUGGUUCACGGCGGUGGCCCCCACCUGGAGGGAGACAAACGCUGCUUUUGGGGGGGGGCAUCCAGGCAGGUUCCUGAGCAGGAACCGGGAGCAGUUGGUCCCACACGGGACGGACGGGAGCAGCAGGCGCAGGCAUGGGGUCCCGUGUCCUCCUGCCACAGAACCUCGGCCCCCGGAGGGCAGGGGUGUGCAGUCGCUGUGGGGCUCAGAGCUCACGCCCUGGCCACAGGAAGUCCCCCCCGAGACUCCCCACUAGCCUGAGAGAGGGGUGGGAGGAGCCCCUGCAUCUCAGAUGAGGGCCCCUGACCUGGCGCCCAGGUAGCAGAGGCGGAACCCGGCGUGUGUGGCCGCCUCGGUGGGCGGCAGGCUCCAGGCCACGUCCCGCGUCUCCCUGCCAGCCGCCUGGAGCUGGAGCCGGGAGGGCGCUCUGCCUGUCGGACCGCUCACGUAGGCUGACCUGCCCGCCCCUCCCCCGCGUGGCCCCACCUCGGCCCCACGGCCCACGUGGGAGCUGCGUGUCUUUGGGGAAAGGGCCGGGGGAGGGUGGGCACGGCCCCCGGGGGACUAGGUCUGCAAGAACCCGGCCGUCACCGCGGGUGGUGCUCUUCCCCUUGUGUCCAAGCCAAACGCGUUCAUAAAACUUUCCCACCGAGGCUGUUGCGUGUGGAGGUGGGGACGGGAGUCGGUGACGCCGUGCUGGGCCGUGGGGGGGGUGAGUGGUGACGCGGGCAGUGUCCGGCUGGGCCCCCCUCGCCGCCUGGACGAACCCUCAGGACUCUUGACUCCGAGUCUCGUUGUGGUGACCUGCGUGCGUCCAGUUCGGAGUGACCUCGAGUUUGCAGAGGGGGCCGGUGGAGUGCACCCCAAACACUGGGCAGGGGUGCCCACAGGGACGUCGUCCCACCGGGCAGGUUUCCGUGUCCGUCCCAACACCCUCCGCCGACGGCAGGCGCGUCAGCGGUGCGUGGGUGAGCUCUCCCAGGCGGGCACAGCCCCGGGGCCCUUCCCUGACCGCUGCGACCUCACGGCCUCCCGCUCAGCCAGGGCUGAAGGUCGCGUCGCGGCUGGCUGCCCGGUGAGCUGCCCCUCGGCGUCACCGCCCAGAGGGUCCUCACAGGUUCCGUUCCGCGCCUCCGGCAGGAGGGUCACAGAACGGAGCGACACAUGGGGAGUGUCGCCGUGGAAACCCUGGAGAUUCCGUGGGAGACUGGAUUGUCAGCCACCGCCUGUUUUUAUCCCCGGCUGUGCUGGUGCUACUUGCAGAGGCCGGGCGUCCCCAGGGGCCCGGCAGCCUCAGGGACAGACCCAGAGCGAUCCCCCGGGAGGAGGUCCAAGGCCUCCCACCACGGCGGGAGGGCAGGGACCCCAGUCGAGGUCACACGCCGGGCGCAGGUGCUGGCUGACCUCGGCCUGACUCAGCCUCGUGAGCAAACAGACAAGUCCCCAAGUGUGUGGGUGUCAAGUUUACAAAACGUGUCACCACAGGUGACCUCAGGGGCCAGAACACACUGUACGGGGGAGGAAACCGAGGCACCGGCCUUCGCUCCGGGAAGCCCAGCCAGCACUGCGGGCUCAGGGGGCUCAGGCGGACCCGCCCCUGUCCUGGAGGCCGGGAGUCCCAGAGCAAGGUGCUGGCAGGCGCGGUCCCCAGGGAGGGCCGCCUCCUGUGUCCUCAGGUGACAGACUUCCUGUCUCUUCUUAGAAGGACUCUGAUCCCCGGUGAGGGCUGGCCGCUGUGGCCUCGCCUGAACUUCCUCCCCUCCGUGGGUCUCACUCCCAACACCCUCCCCCUGGGGGCCAGAGCCUGCACACGGGAGCGCUGGGCACAGACAUUCAGCUGUGACUCGGGGCCAGGUCGCCCCCUCCCACCACCGUCCUGGGAGCAGAUGGUGGGGCCCUGAGGGGCCAUCGCCCGUCAGAGGAGGCCGGGUGCUGUGGUCUCCGGUGCUGUCCUCCUGCCCUGGGUGGUCGUCUGAAUGGGGGCAAGGUGGUCACCCCCAUCUUCCAGAUAGGGACACGGAGGCCGGGGGAGGGGCCGGCACUGGAGGGCAAGGAGUGGAACCCAGUCUGAGGAUCCUGCUCAGACUCGUGUGGCUGCCAGGCCCCGGGGCCCAGGUCGGGGUGGGGGUGGCUGUGGGCUGGCGGCUGGUGGCCAGUCCAGGGUGGGGCCUCAAGGUGUGAGCAGGCUUCCUCCAGGGCCGUGGGGACCCUGCCAGCCUGGGCGGAGUCCAGCUGUCCCUGUGCCUGCGGCCACCGUCCCACUGCGGGCUCUGCGGCCCUGGAUGCACGAGUUGGCCGUCCACAGCGCAGCGCCCUCUACUGCCCGUUUCUGGAGGUUGCCUGGGGCAGGGUUGCUGGGUGUCUCUGGGACUUCCAUGUGGCCUGGUCUUGCUCCUGAGCGUGGGCGGCCAGGUCCUGAGGGCCAGAGUCGCAGCAGACACCUGGAGGGAAGCUGUGUCACCCUCACAACCUUGUCUGGGGUCACCUCUGCCACUUCCUGCGGGGAAACCGAGGCCUUCAGCUCCCAACCUGCCCCUGCCGGCGGGGCCCUCGUCAGCUUCCUCCCAGACCUCCCGCCCAGUCUGUCCUGCUCCCCCCUCCGAUGUCCCACCCCGUCACCCCCCUCAGAGCCAUCGGCUCUGCCUGGAGUAUUCCGGCAGCCUCCUAGUGGCCCCUGCACCCGCCGUCAGGGCGCAGGGCCGGUCCCAGGAGCCCUGGGCACCAGUCCUCCGCAGCCCACGCCGACGGAGCGCCCGGCUCUCCCGGGGCCUCGGGCUCGGAGGCGCUGGCCGGAGGCCAUGACCUCUCGUUCCAGAGGCAGAAGAGGGGGUGACAAGCUGGCACCCCCAUCCGUGCAACGAGACUCCUCAGAUGGUGUCUGGGGUCAGAGCAGCAGGGGGCGCUUGAUUUACUUUCCUCUCUUUAAUGUUUUUUAACUUUUUAUUCUAUUUUAUUGAUGAUGCCGUCACAGUUGUCCCAAUUAUGCCCCUUUGUGCCCGCUCCACCCGGCACCCCCCACGCCUCAGGCCUUCCCCCACCACUGUUCCCGUCCACGGGUUGUGGGUGUGAGUGGGGGUAAGGUCUUCGGCGUCUCCAUUUCCUGUGCUGCACGGCACGUCCCCGGGGCUGUCCUGCAGCGACCUGUUCGUGCCCACACCUCCUCACCCAUCCCCCACACCCCUCCCGUCCGGCAGCCAUCAGAACGCCCUCCGUAUCUGUGAUUCUGUCUCUGUCCUUCCUGUUUGCUUAAUUUGUUGUUUAGGUUCAGUUGUUGAUAGGUAUGUGUUUUUGCCAUUUUAUUGUUCAUAGUUUGGAUGUUUUUU